AGGGUAGUGUUGCUUCACAGUUUGCUGCUGCGGCAAUUGCUGUGGCGAUUGCAUGUAAUCUUCCAUGAGUCGUCUCGGUAGCCGUAGUAGCAGUAAACACUCCAAUCAUUUUCAGUAGAACUUUUCAUAUUAACACAGAUGGCAGGAGAGUGCCAUUUGAUACCCGUGAAUUGAACCAUUUUUUAUCAAUCAUUUCCAGCCGCGUCCACUUCCAAUUCAAUCAGCUGUUCAACCAAGCCUUCCAGUAAACUUAACCUAAAAAGUGUUUGUAAACCGAUUCCUGUCUGUAACUAGUGAGUGUAGGUCGGUUUUAGUAUUAAAGUGCUGUUAAAAAUGGGAAAAAACGGUCCAGCAAAUUCAGAUAAUGACGAAAACAAGAUAAAGCUUCCAUUAGACCCGCAAGCGCCGGUUACUCGAAAGGGAGUUUUGAUUUCAUUUCGAACGGGGAAGCCGAUGGAAAUCAAUGAACGCGACAAUCUCGGCCGAUGUCGUCUAGUGACUGAAUUUGAAAAACUAAAUCGAAUUGGCGAAGGCACCUACGGAAUAGUUUAUAGAGCCCGCGACACUAAAUCCAAUGAAAUUGUUGCCUUGAAGAAGGUCCGAAUGGAUCAGGAGAAGGACGGGCUUCCCAUAAGCGGGUUGCGCGAGAUUCAAAUAUUAAUGGCGUGCAAUCAUGAGAAUAUUGUCCGCCUCAGGGAAGUGGUCGUUGGGAAGAGUUUGGAAAGUAUUUUUCUCACUAUGGAAUAUUGCGAACAAGAUCUAGCCUCACUGCUGGACAACAUGACUUCUCCCUUCUCGGAGUCUGAAGUGAAAUGUAUCGUAAUGCAAGUAUUGAAGGGACUGCAGUACCUGCAUUCCAGGUAUAUCGUUCAUCGAGAUCUGAAGGUGUCGAACUUGCUCAUGACCGACAAAGGAUGCGUCAAAAUAGCUGACUUCGGCCUGGCACGAUACUUCGGAAUCCCACCUAAACCUAUGACCCCGCAAGUAGUGACCCUGUGGUACCGAGCGCCCGAGCUCCUGCUUGGCUCUCCGGUUCAGACGACGGCCAUCGACAUGUGGGCUGUCGGUUGCAUCUUGGGCGAGUUACUUGGCCAUAAACCGUUAUUGCCGGGAACAACGGAAAUCGCUCAACUUGAACUGAUCAUUAAGCUGUUGGGAACUCCGUCCGACGCAAUCUGGCCCGAGUAUUCAACUUUGCCUGCGUUGAAAAAUUUUACUCUCAAGCACCAACCAUACAACAACUUGAAGACACGAUUUCCUUGGCUCUCAGCAGCGGGAUUGCGUCUGUUAAAUUUCCUGUUCAUGUACGACCCGAAGAAGCGAGCCACUGCGGAGGAAUGUCUGCAAAGUUCAUAUUUCAAGGAAGCACCGUUGCCGUGCGAUCCAAAACUCAUGCCCACCUUUCCGCAGCAUCGAAACCUAAAAGGUGGGAAGGAACCUUCAUCGUUGGUGCAACCCGCCCCGACAACGUCUGACCAUUUGCCCGCGAUAUCGGAUUUGCUUGGCAGCUUAAUUAAGAAGCGACGAGUCGAUUGAAAUAAAACAUAGCAUCAUAAUA